UUUCAACAUUAGUUCUCAUUUCAUUAAAACCACUUGUUUCAUUGAUUUAAAUUACUCCACAAAAUUGAACUUCCUUUACAGCAUAUGCAAAAUUAAAACCUUUUCUACUCCUCUUUUCUUAUAUGCAACUAGCCAACUACACAUAAGAAUUACCAUUUUUUUUUUGCUUAGAACAUACAUAUAGAAAGAGAGAGAGAGAGAGAGAGAGAGAGAGAGAGAGAGAUCAGACAAGGCUCAGCUCCAUGUCUGACUCAGACAUAACUUUCUACUGUCUUUCAUCAAUUCUUUCUCUUCUUCCCAUCUUCAUUUUCAUUCUAAUCAAAAGAAAACAAGCCAAACCCAAGUUUAAUCUUCCACCAGGAAAAAUGGGUUGGCCUUUUCUUGGAGAAACAAUUGGUUAUUUGAAACCUUAUUCUGCUACAACAAUAGGUGUAUUCAUGGAACAACACAUAGCAAGGUAUGGUAAAAUUUACAAGUCAAAAUUAUUUGGAGAACCAGCAAUAGUGUCAGCAGAUGCAGGAUUAAACAGGUUCAUAUUACAAAAUGAAGGGAAAUUAUUUGAAUGUAGCUAUCCUAGAAGCAUUGGUGGAAUACUUGGGAAAUGGUCUAUGCUGGUUCUAGUUGGUGACAUGCAUAGAGACAUGCGUGUUAUUUCCCUCAAUUUUUUAAGCCAUGCUAGGCUUAGAACACAUCUUUUGAAAGAGGUUGAGAAACAUACUCUUCUUGUUCUAAGCUCCUGGAAGGAAAAAUCCACAUUUCCAGCUCAAGAUGAAGCUAAAAAGUUUACAUUCAAUUUGAUGGCAGAACACAUCAUGAGUUUACAACCUGGUAAAAUAGAGACAGAGAAAUUAAAAAAAGAGUAUGUUACUUUUAUGAAAGGGGUUGUAUCAGCACCAUUGAAUUUUCCUGGAACUGCAUAUUGGAAAGCAUUAAAGUCUAGGUGUACUAUAUUGAAAUUCAUAGAGGGGAAAAUGGAAGAAAGGAUGAAAAGAAUGAAAGAAGGAAAUGAAAAUUUGGAGGAAGAUGAUCUUUUGAAUUGGGUUUUGAAACAUUCAAAUCUUUCAACAGAGCAAAUACUUGAUUUGAUCCUUAGUUUGCUCUUUGCUGGCCAUGAAACUUCAUCUGUGUCCAUUGCUCUAGCUAUUUACUUUCUUCCAAGAUGUCCCCAAGCUAUACAACAGUUAAGGGAAGAACACAGAGAAAUAGCCAAAGCCAAAAAGCAAGCAGGGGAAACUGAACUGACUUGGGAAGACUACAAAAAAAUGGAAUUUACUCACUGUGUUGUGAAUGAGACACUUAGGCUGGGUAAUGUUGUGAGGUUCCUUCAUAGGAAGGCUCUCAAAGAUGUUCGGUACAAAGGUUAUGACAUUCCAUGUGGUUGGAAAGUCCUUCCAGUAAUUGCAGCCGUUCAUCUUGAUCCAUCACUUUUUGACCAACCUCAACACUUCAAUCCAUGGAGAUGGCAGAACAAUGGUAAUAGAGGAAAUUGCCUAAACUCAAGUGCAACGUGCAAUAAUAACUUCUUACCGUUUGGGGGAGGACCAAGACUUUGUGCAGGAUCAGAAUUAGCUAAGCUUGAAAUGGCUGUUUUCAUCCACCAUCUCAUUCUCAACUACCAUUGGGAAUUGCUUGAUAAUAACGAUCAAGCUUUUGCAUACCCUUUUGUUGAUUUCCCUAAAGGCCUAAAAAUUAGAGUCCAACCCCACUCUUUAAUAUGAUCCAACUCCAAUUUGUAGAAGUUCACACACGUGUGAAGGAGGAAAGUAAGAACCAAUUUAAGUACAAUGGCAUGUCAAUAGGGCCACUUCAUUUACUUAUUCGUUUUUUUCUCCCUCUAGGUUGUAUUAGAAUUUUAUUGCCCACUACCCCCACCCACAUUGUACAUUUUAUUAUAUAUUCAUUUCCAAAAGGCAAGGACAAGUGAAGAUUUAUUCAUUUAUAUUAUUAGUAUUGUAAUCUACCUUUCUCACUGUGUAUAAAAAUCCAAUUAUCUUUUGUGUAGAAUCUACUAUGCUUUAUUAUUACUUUCAA